AUGGAAAUUAGUAAAAUACAUCAACAUCAACAUCAAGAUAUUGAACCAACUACAUCCGCCAUAGAAGUAACGGUUGAUACAGAUUCGGAUAUAGAACCUAUGGAAUAUCGUAAACAUGAACGAACAAAUCAUCAAACUUCUUCUUAUCUAAAUUUUGCGCAAUUUUCAUCACCGUCAACAUCACUCGUAUCACCAAGAUUUAUUGGACUAUGCCUUCUAGUGUUCCUCUAUUAUAUCGGUUACGCUUAUUUACAAGAACUCAUGUUUACAUUGAAAGGUUUUGAUAAUACUGCUUGGUUUCUCACAUGCUAUCAAUUUUUUGUCUACGGUAUUCUUUCAUUUGUUCACCUGGGCUUUACUGGUCUCGAUCAACGACGAGCAAGCUACCGUUCGUAUAUUCUCUUAGCUCUUCUGACUGUCACGACUAUGGGUUUAUCUAACUAUGCAGUUGUUUAUUUAAACUAUCCGACACAGGUGAUGUUUAAAUGCUGUAAACUGAUACCAGUACUUAUUGGUGGUAUCCUCAUACAAAGGAAAACAUUCAAUCGUUAUGAUGUUGCUGCUGCUUUUUGUAUGUCAACUGGAUUGAUAUUUUUCACUUUGGCUGAUUCGAAAGUUCAACCAAGAUUUAAUUUAUAUGGAGUUGUAAUUAUCAGUUUGGCAUUGAUCGCCGAUGCAGCAAUAGGAAAUUAUCAAGAGAAAAUUAUGAAAGAACAUCAUGUAUCCAAUGUUGAAAUUGUGUUUUAUAGUUUCAUAUUCGGUUUUGUAUUUGUUCUCUGUGGGCUAUUGCUAACGAACAAUUUCUUUCCAAGUUUAGAAUUUUGGAAUAAGCAUCCAGGACCAACGUAUGGUUAUGGUUUGAUAUUUUCUAUUGUGGGUUAUUUAGGCAUUGAUAUUGUCUUGACAUUGAUUAAAGAAUAUGGUGCGCUAAUCUGUGUUACUGUGACAACAUGUCGAAAAGCAAUAACGAUUAUAUUAUCGUUCACCUUGUUUUCCAAACCAUUUGUAUUCGACUACUUGUGGUCUGGUUUGAUUGUUAUUGUUGGUAUUUAUCUUAAUGUUUACAGUCGAAAUCAAACAGUAUUUAAUGCUAAAAUAGUAUCGUUAACUCAGAAUCUAUUCAAUUUACGUUGGUGGCCACGAUUAUUUUCGACGCCUACCAUCCGAACACUGCCUGUGUGA